UCGCGAUCCAAAAAAUCGAGCCCACAAAGGCAGACAUCGCUGUGCUAUUGAGGACACUGGCUCCAGCAACAGAGUUCAGAAGACUGCAGUUGGUCUGCCGUCGGAGCCACGAGAUACAACGCUGCAAGCCGAAGAAUAUGGCCCGACUCUUCAGGCCGUGGAUACUUCGCUUGAUCGACUUCGAUGUAAUGAGCAGCCGCGCAGCCGCGAAAGACCCGCUUCCAGACCGCCAUUUCGUCAAGGUUGUACGUUUCCGCGGAUGCAAGAAGUGUGACGACUACAUUGUCGAAGUGUGGAAGCACCGCGAGGGAUUCCUGGAAAGGGCGAAACUUCUUUCGGGAUAGACAGCGGGGUGAUGGACCUGAAAAAGUGUUUCGAGGGAUCUGAGGUCGAUGGGGAAUGUGAUGUAACAGGCCAAGAUCAUAGAUGAUCUAUCUUUGUCCAUAAGAACGCGAGGAACAGUUCCCAAUUGUCGAUCAGACUUCAGAGUGAGCGAGUGAUCCGCCGUCUUCUUACUUAUCCUUGCGAUCUUGAUUUCGAUGUCUUCAUCAAGUGAAGUGCUCGCAGCGG